CACCGCAUCUGUCAAAAACAUAACCUCAAAAAAUAUUCCCAUACAACAAAAAAAAAAAAACUAAUAAUGAGAUUUUCUACCGCCCUCUUUGCCCGUAUAGGAAAAUGGUCGAAACAAUUUUCCAAUCUACCCGAUCGCUACAUCGAACGGGCCAUGGAACAAGUCUAUUGGAGGAACCCCAAAGGGAUCCAAUACAAACCCCGGGCGGCUCACGAACGUAAGAAAUUCCAUUUCUCCGUUCAUCGACCGUGGACGAUGAAAUUUAAAGAAGAAAACCAUCCGGGCUCGCAGAAUCCCAAAGUUUGGUUGGAACCCAUCAAAGAAUGGAGCCAUUUUCGGGGCGAUAGAGUGGAAAUACUCGUAGGUAAAGAUAAAGGGAAGCAAGGAUUCAUAAAAGAGAUAAUCGAAGAGAGAAAUUGGGUAAUCGUGGAAGGUUUGAAUUGCAAAUUGGAAAAGAUCGGAGAAGGCGUGAAAGGUUUUACCGGUGUUUGGAUACAAACCGAGAAACCUUUGUUAGUUACCACGGAAAUAUCUUUAGUAGAUCCUUCCGAUUUAAAACCCACUACAUUUGAAUGGAGGUAUACCGAAGAAGGUGAUCGGGUUAGAGUGUCUACGAGAACCGGAAGGAUUAUUCCCUUUCCCGCUUCGAUGGAAGAAACGAUCGAUUAUAAAUCAAAGGCUUCCUAUAAGGAACAACCGAAAGAUACGAUGGCUUCGAUCGUAAGUGAGAUAACUUUCAAACCGGAAUUGAAAACCUUCGAGAUGGACAUCAUGGAAAAAAUGGGCAUCGAAGAAGAUAGAAUACCAGCUAAAACUUAUUGGUAUUGAUUGUAAUUUGUACAGAAAU